CCAGGGAGCGCCGGGAUCCUUGGAAAACGCUUGGAAAUGGUGAAGCUCCUGCCCUUAUAUGGCUCCGCCAAGGCUGGCCUUGGCUCGGCCGCUUGCCCGAGCCGGCACCCCCGGCCUUGCCUGUGCCGUGCCGCGCCGUGCCGGGGCCUGGGAAAGCACCGUGGGCCGUGCCUUGUGCCCUGCAUCCCGCGCAGGAAUGUGCAACAGGGGAAAGAUCCCGCUUCCCACGUCGGGAACAACUAACCCGGCCCCUGCCUCGGUUUCCCGCUGGAAACUGACCCGUUUUGGGGAUCCACCACACCGGAGCCAAAUGGGAGCACCCCAUUGGGGCAGCACCCAGGGGCUGCAUCCAGCUCGGCACCCCGGGGGGGUCCCUGUGCCCCAUGGCGGGGCUGGGGGUGAAGGUCAGGGCUAAUCCUCACUGGAGGAGGUGGUGGGUCUGAGGCGAGUGGCUGCGGUGCUGGUGACGUGGGGCCGGUGCUGUAAUCCUGAGCGGAUUAGGGCAGCCGGGGGUGGCCAUUGGGGAUGAGCUGCAGUGGCUGCAAAUCCCGGGCUGGGCAUCACGUUGGGGGUAUCAGUGUCCUCCUAUGGUGGGCAUGGGGCAGCUGUGUGCCCCCCCAGUGCCACCCGAGUGCCCCUUCCCGUCCCCUGGCAUAGGUGGUGAUGGGGGUCAGACUCUAUGGGGUGAUGCUGCAGGUCUGGUGUCCCCAGUGCCCAUGGGGCUCAGUCCCCCCGGUCAGGGGGGCUGUAGGGCAAAGCAGAAGGAUUUGGGGUUUGGGGGGUGCUGCUCCCCAAACCCCGCAGCUCCAUGGUGCUGAGGGGGUGCCCUAUGGCAGAACCAGCUGCGCCAGCGUCUGGGGACCCCCAGCUGUGGCACAACGGGUGGAUAUGGGGCCGGGCCCCACUUUGGGGGGCACCACGGUGGGGUUCUGGGGGCUCGCACAGGGAAGCCAUGGGGAGGGCGGUGGCGGCGGGAUCGCGGCCAUGCUGCACGAUGGGGAGGCGCUGGCGGGAACCGGCCUGACCGGUUCGGUGCUGGCACCCCCAGUGCCGGGGGGCUCGGGCCGCCCCACCACCGGCACGUGGCCCGGCUGAAGGUCACCGUCCCCGGGGCUGCCCGCCCGCUGGGUCACACACUGUCCCUUGGCCAACAGCCACAUUGCUGCCAACGGAUGGGGUUUGGGUGCCCCGACCCCGGUGGCACCGAGCGGUUUCGGUGCCGCGGGAGGAUCCCGGUGGCUCCGGUGGUCCGGAAGGGCGAGCCGGUGCUGAGCUCACCAGGAAGGUGUCCCAGGGGCGCGGCGGUGACGCACGGCCCCGGCGUGGUGCCGCGGGUUGGGGCUCGGUGUGGCCGUGGCAUUUGUCCCACUGGGGUGCUGUGUCCUUUGGGAGCACUGUCACCAGGUCCUGGAAUGUACUAUCCGGCACUGGGGUAAGGGGUUGUGGGGGGGACCCCCAAAUCUCAAUGCUACCAGUGGGUGGGAGGCCUUGGCCAGGACCCGGAUGGGCUGUAUCCUGCCUUAGUUGAUCCAUAACUGAGGAAUUUGGGGGUUUGGGGAUGCUGGCACUUCGGCCUGCAGGAUUCGGCCAUCAAGUCAACCCAAGGGCUCUUCAUGGUGCAGUAUGAACCCCCCUCAACCCCAAACACAGCCCAGACCUCGGGGUGUCUCCGCACCCCAUAACCACACCACUCUCCCCCCAGACCCCCCGCCGGUGCCAGGGGAUGCCGGCAUGCCGGUGCCCGCCUGCCCUCAGCACCCUGCCCUGAGCGCGGUGCCGCAUCCCGGCUGCGCCAUGGAGGAUCCAACCGGGAGUGGGGCCGAGCCGUGGGCCGAGGGGCUGCACAACAGCAACAACAACGCUGCCCCGGGGGGGUGGCCGGUGCCCCUCGGUGGGCACCCCCUGGCACCAUUCGGUGGCCCCGGUGCUGAGCCCAGUUACCUGGGGCGGGUGGUGCUGGAGAUUGUGGAGUCGGAGCGGACCUAUGCCCGUGACCUGCGCAGCAUCGUGGAGGGUUACCUGGGUAAGAUCAUCGACGCGGAGGAGCCGGUGCUGCGGCCGGAGCAGGUCAGCGCGCUCUUUGGGAACAUCGAGGACAUCUAUGAGCUCAGCAGCACCCUGCUGCAGAACCUGGAGAGCUGCGCCAGUGACCCGGUGGCCGUGGCCAUCUGCUUUGUCACCCGGAGCCAGGAGUUCUCCAUCUACACCCAGUACUGCAACAACUACCCCAGCUCGGUGGCGGCGCUGGCCGAGUGCAUGAGGAGCAAGGCCCAGGCGCGGUUCCUCCGCGAGUGCCAGGAGCGGCUGCGCCACGCGCUGCCCCUCGGUGCCUACCUGCUCAAGCCCGUCCAGAGGAUCCUCAAGUACCAUCUCCUGCUCCAGGAGAUCGCCAAGCACUUCGAGCACAAGUCCGGGGAUGACUACGAGGUGGUGCUGGAGGCCAUCGACACCAUGACCUGCGUGGCCUGGUACAUCAACGACAUGAAGCGCAAGCACGAGCACGCCAUCCGGCAGCAGGAGAUCCAGUCGUUGCUGCUGGGCUGGAAGGGGCCGGAUCUGACCAGCUACGGGGAGCUCGUGCUGGAGGGGACGUUCCGCGUGCAGCGCGCGCGCCACGAGCGCGCCGUCUUCCUCUUCGACAAGACCCUUCUCAUCACCAAGCGCCGCGGGGACCACUACGUCUACAAGAGCCACAUCCCGUGCUCCUCGCUGAUGCUGAUCGAGAGCACGCGGGACUCGCUCUGCUUCAGCCUGGCUCACUACAAGCACAUCAAGCAGCAGCACAGCCUGCAGGCCAAGAGCGUGGAGGAGAAGCGCGUGUGGACCCACCACAUCAAGCGGCUCAUCCUGGAGAACCACCACGCCAUCAUCCCGCAGAAGGCUAAAGAAGCCAUCCUGGAGAUGGAUCUGUUCUACCCCCCUCGCCUGCCCCGCUGCAGCCCCGAGCGCCUGAAGAAGAGCUGGUCCUGCCAGCCCCUGGAUGAGCCCAUGGCUGAGCCGUGCCAGGGCCGGCGCCAAUCGGAGCCCUUCCAGCAUCGGGAUCACACCGAGAUGUCACCGGAGCGGCUGCACGGGCACACGGGGCGCAGGCAGUCGGAGCCGGCCAAGCAGAUCCUGCGGCACCUGGGUGAGCAAGGGCUCAAGCAUGCGGGCAGCGACGGGGCUCUGCUGGCAAUGGGGGAGCCCCCCCAGCACCCCAGAGCCUGGGCAGCAGCCGAGGGCCUGGUGGAGGAGGAAGAGGAGCAGGAGGAAGAGGAGGAAUUGGGCAGGGACAGUCAGGAGGAGCUGCCUGGGGCCGAGGAGCUGCUGAUGGAACCCCAGGAGGAGCAGGCUGGGGGGCACCCACUGAUGCCAGAGCCACCCAAGCGACCAAGCAGUUGGGGCCCGGGGAGCUGUGAGAAGGCCGGCAGCACGGGGGAGCACCCCGAGGUGCCGGAGGCACCCACAGCCCCGUCCUCGAUGGGGACCCCGGCGCUGCCGCAGCGCGGUGCGGAGGAUUUGCAGGUGCUGAGCAGCGAGGAGGAGGAGGAGGAUGAUGAUGGAGCCUCCGGCAGCAUCCUGCCGCCCUCGGUGCUGGACCAGGCCAGUGUCAUCGCCGAGCGCUUCGGUGGCGGCGGCAGCUUGUCCCGGCGCAGCAGCCUGGCCCUGGAGGGACCGUCGGCGCGGCCGGGCAGCCACGGCGGCAGCGCCCUCAGCCUGGAUGGGAGCGGCCUCCCCGUUGAAACCGGGGAGCCCGGGGGGUCCCCCGGUGCCGUCCCUUCACCCGAGCCCUUCCCCGGAGCCCGCCGGGGGUCGCUGCUCUCCAACCGGGACCGGUUGCUCCUCGAUAAGAUCAAGAGCUACUACGGCAACGCUGAGCACCGGGACACCGGCUUCAGCGUCUGCCGCCGCGAGAGCCUGUCCUUCAUCCCCAAGGGGCUGGUGAGGAGCUCCGUGUCCCGCUUCAACAGCCUCCCGUGGCCCCCGCUGAGCCCGGAGCCCCCCGUGCACCCAGCACCAGUGUGUCCCGUGGUGGCACUGGAUGAGCUGUGCCAGGAGAAUGGGAUCCAGAGCCCCAAGAACGGGAUCCAGACCCCUGAAAACAGGAUCCAGACCCCUGAAAACAGGAUCCAGACCCCCGAAAACAGGAUCCAGAGCCCCAAGAACGGGAUCCAGACCCCAGAAAACAGGAUCCAGACCCCUGAAAACAGGGUCCAGAGCCCCAAGAACGAGAUCCAGACCCCUGAAAACAGGAUCCAGACCCCGGAGAAUGGGAUCCAGAGCCCUAGGAACGGGAUUCAGACCCCUGAAAACAGGAUCCAUACCCCGGAGCCGCUCCUCAUCCUGGAGGAUGAUGAUUUGGGCACUGGGAACGAAGAGCCACCGGUUGCGCCCCCACCGCGGCUCCUGCUGCCCCCGUCGCACCCCGGCACCAAGGUGUAUCAGCUAGCACGGCAAUACAGCCUCCGCAUCAAGAGCCGCCGCGCCGGUACCCGCCGUGCCCCGGCGCAGCCGGACGCGGACGCCUCAUGCGCUGUGCCGCGGCCGGGGGCGCUGCCCGUGUCCCCGUCGCUGCUCGGGGACAGCCCCUUGAGCCCCGGCACCGCCGAGCCCUUCCCUUGGCCCGACGUGCGGGAGCUCCGAGCCCGCUUCGGCGCCGCGCGGCCGCCGCCGGUGACCCGCAGCCGCUCGGCACCGGAGGGACCGGGCCGCGGGGGGCGCCCGGCCGAGAAGGAGCGCGGCAGCGGCCGCAGCCGGAGCGCUGAGGCCGGCGGAGGACCCAGCACCCCGGUGCCGGCGCGGCACGGCAGCGAUGGGGCGCUAUGGGUGGCAGCGGAGGCGCCCCUCGGGGCCGGGCAGCGGGUGCUGGUGCUGGAGAAGAUACCGGCCCCCCCCGAGCCCCACAGCUACGUGCAGAUCCGCUCGCCCACCACACGGGAGAAGAUCUGCUUGAAGGCGGUGGUGGAGCGAUGUAAAGCGUACCAGGCGUCCGAGGAGUACCGGCGGCGCUGCCCCGAGCCCCCCGCUGCAUCACAGCCCCCCGGAGACCCGCAGCCCCUCCAUGUCCCGCAGCCCCCCCGGCACGGCCUCGUCAGGGACCUAAGGCAGAAGUUUCAGAGCCUCGACGCUGCCAGCUAGGGGAGGAAGAGGGGAGAUGGGGUGAAACAUGGACCCCCGGGAAGGGGCACCCAGCCCAUGGGUGCUCAGCCUGCCCGGGAGACGGGGAGCCCCAUGGACCUCUAAUUUAUGUGGAAGAAGGAGCACCCCUCAUGCAGGAGCAGGAGCACCAUAGGGGCCUCCAACCUACCUGGAAGAAGGGGCACCCCAUGGACUCCCAAUUUGCCCAGGGUAAGGAGCACCCCAGGGACCCCCAGCUCAUCAAGGAAAAGGGACACCCUAUGGCCCUCCAACCUAUCUGGAAAAAGGGGCACCCCAUGGAUCCCCAACUUGCCCAGGAGAAGGGACACCCCAUGGACCUCCAGCUCACGUAGAUGAAGCAGCAUUCUAUGGACCCCCAACCUGCCCAGGAGAAGGGGGACCCUGUGGAUCUCCAACUUAUGUGGAAGAAGGGGCACCCCAUGGACCUUCAAUCUACUCAAAGAAGGGGCACCCCAUAGACACCCAACUCACCCAGGAGAAGGAGCACCCAAUGGACCUCCAACCUACCUGGAAAAAGGGACCCCCAGGUUGCCCAGAAGAAGGGGCAUCCUGUGGGCCUCCAACCUACCUGGGAGAAGAGGCACCCCAUGGACCCCACUCAUCAAGGAGAAGGAAUGACCUAUAGACCCCCAGAUUGCUUGGGACAAGGAGCACCCUGGGGACCCCCAAUGUGCCCAGGAGCGGGGUCACCCCAUGUCCCCCACCCCCAGUGUCCCGCCAGCGCUGUGCCCCGCUCGCUUUCACAUCUUUAUUAUCAAAAAUCCAACAAAAAAACCCAAAUCUGAA